CCCGACAACGCUCAGGCCUCGCCACAGGUGAAGCAGGAACCCCCGUGGGCGUGUCCCCGGCGGGGCUCAGGUCCCAGCCUCCCGCGUCCAGGCGGUGCUCCCCAGCCUCAGGGCCUUUAUGUCUCCGUGGCUCCGUGGAGGGAGAUUGGUUCGGUUUGAUUACUUUAGAAAAAAUGGCCUUGUCAGCCCAACAGAUACUCAGAUGGUUCAACUCAGCUAAGUCGAGCCGCUUCAUUAAUGCCACACAACUCACAAAACGUUUUCCAAGACCAGGGAAAACAUGGUUACUAAGCUCUUCUGCUUGGCCUCAGAUGUCCUCUGACAAUUGUUUUCUCCAGUGGGGAUUUAAGACUUACAGAACUUCCUCCUUAUGGAGUAAUUCCCAGUCUACCAACUCAAGUAGGCAAGAGAAUAAUUCUGCCCAAAGCACUCUGCUUCCUUAUGUGAAUGAGCAGUCAGAGAAGACACAGAAGAUGCCCUGCUUUGACUCCGACCUGACUCUAGAAGAACUGGACUAUUUGCCUCCCUUGUCUCCAUUGCAUCCACCUUCCGAAGAAGAGGCUGUUCAGACUGUUGCACACCCUCCACUGCCUCCAGAUUCAUUCACACUUCGAGACUAUGUAGAUCAUUCUGAGACUCUGCAGAAGUUAGUGUUUUUAGGAGUGGAUUUGUCCAAGAUAGAAAAACAUCCGGAUGCAGCCAACCUUCUUCUAAGACUGGAUUUUGAAAAGGACAUUAAGCAAAUACUCCUGUUUCUCAAGGAUUUGGGUUUAGAG